AGAAGCAAAGGCUGACCUUUCUUCUCUCUCCAAUUUGUGUCCCUUUUAUCACUCCAUAACUGGCGCCAUCAUUCAAGGACACAUUUCACUCAACUCUCUCACUCCUUAAUUCCCCCCAACCUUUCAACCUCAAGGUAUCAACCAUUAACAUUGUCUUCUUGGCUCUUCUUUUUCUUGAGUUUUUUUUGGUGAAGUUUUCAUAUUUUUCCAAGUCUCUAUAGUGAUUGUUUGAAGAUUUGGAAGGCAUAUAUGCGAUUGCUGAUUGCUGAUUGCUGAUUUUGUUUUGGAAGGAAGGGAAUAGAAAAUUUGUUACCAGCACAGGGGGAAAUAUGGCGAAAAAGCAGCUGGAUUUCAAUGCACCACUUCUAUCUGUGAGGAAAAUACCAUCAUCUUUAGCUUCCAGUGAGAGAGCAAAUAAAAAGAUUGUAGAUAAGAUACCACCAAAUAGACUACAAUCACUACCUGUCAAAAAAUCAGAUUGGGAGUUGAGUGCGGUGACUAAACCAGCAGCUGUUCCAUUUGUGUGGGAACAGAUCCCUGGAAGACCAAAAGAUGACAACGAAGUCCGAACUAAUCUUCGUGUGGAGCGCGCAAGUAGUCCUAGGUUGCCCCCAGGAAGAUUGCCAGAGACUGUUCGGUUCUAUUCGGGUGAAAGGCCUCGUACUCAUAACAUUUACAGGUCUCCAGCUGAAGGACUGCCUUGGAUGGAUCAUGCAGCUUUACUGGAUAGCCUGGUGGAAAGUAUGUAUUCAAGAGGAGAUAGAGAAAAUGAGGAUGAUGCCUAUUCUGAUGCUCUUGAAACAAUGUCACCUACCGAAUCCUUGUCCUUGAACUGCAGUGUCAGUGGUUUGAGCGGACAUCAAAGUUCAGAUUUGCAACCAUCCGGAACCUUUUCAAUUGACUCCCAAACUCGAGACUUUAUGAUGAGUCGAUUCUUGCCUGCAGCAAAAGCUGCUGUCUUGGAGACGCCUCAAUAUGUUCAUAAAAAACCAGUCUCUGCUGAACAACCGAUGCCAGUCAAAAAGCUAGUCCCCGUGGAACGAAAGCCUGUGGUUAAACCAUUGGAAUCUUACCCUGUCUCACCUUAUAGCAGCUAUCCAGCAGAUGUAGGAAGUGAAACUGAAGAUGAUGUGUCUGAGAAUCCGCACAAAAAGCCAAGUAAAGGGUGGAAAUUUUUCCCUCGGAUUUGUGUGAAGAAUUCAUUGUGCCUAUUAAAUCCACUGCCAGGACUGAAAGUGAAGACUCGUGCUCCCACACCCUCAGCUCAAUCAGUAAAAAGAGUUCCAGGAAUGAAGCCAAAGAUGGCACAGAGUCCCACAUCUUAUGCUCAUGAAGUCAAGAAACUAAGUAGAAAAGCUUAUAGUGGGCCUAUUGAGAAGAAUGCUUGUGAUAACAUAAAUAAGCAAAGAUUUCAUUCUGGAGUACUGUCUCGCGAGCUGUACAAACCUGAUAAUAGGAGUUUGUCGGGGCAGCUGACUAACCCUAGCGAUUCAUGUAAGCUUGUUGGAAUCUCUCCUGGCAGGCGUUCAAGAAGUGGAGCUAUAUCUCCCUACCGAAAUGUAGCACCCCCAUCUCCAUUCAAUGAGGGUACACGGUUUCUUGGUGUGCCAAAGGAAAUGGAGAGUCUUUGGGCUAGUCGCUUUGAUUCAUUCCGCAAAGGUUGUUACACUGUCAAGGACAAAGCACCACAACGGAUGGUCACAGGAAGGUUUUUUGAUUCACCAAGUGAAAUAGUUGAGAAAACCUUGUAUGUAGAUUCUGUAGAUAAUGUGCCACUUUCAGCCCCUAAUACUGCUUCUUCUAAACCUAAGGGAUUAGUGAACUCCUUGGAUAAGAAUAUGAGAACUCCGCUUGAAAACAGUAAAGUGUCUGAAAAAUUGGCUGCCGUGGCUCCUACUAAAGGUGCCAAGCAAUUGGAUGUUUCAGAGAAAGAUGGCAAACAGAUUGCUGAAAAGAAGUCUUUCCUUGAUUUGAUGGAAGCUUCUCCCAUGUCCAUAUCAAGACACAAAGGCCCUGCUGAUCAAGAGUCUUUGAAACCAAAGCAAAAUCUUGAUACAGUACCCGGAGCCUUAGAAUCUUCAAAAGUGCAUCCUUGUGGAAAUUUAGGUACAGAAAACGAAGAUAACCCAAAUUUAAAUGACCCAAAAGAUUCUAACCUUACCUCCUUGGAAUCUACUUUACCACCACCAUUACCUAAAUCUCCCUCCGAGUCUUGGCUUUGGCGCACGCUGCCUUCCAUUCCUUUGAAAACCCCAUUCUUGAGUUUUAACUCUAAGAAGCAGCAUCAGAAGCCCCACACUGAUGAUACCAAGUGGGAGACUAUCGUGAAAACUUCUAAUUUGCACAAGGAUCAUGUCCGUUACUCUGAGGAACUAUAUACUCUUGAUUCUUGUCAGCAGAGCAAACCUUGAAGAUGGAUCAUGCAUUGAUAUGAAGCAUCUUGUUUCUAUUGGUAUAGCUUCAAUGAUAUCAUGAAACUUUAUAUCAUUCCUUCUGGAGUCUCUGUCACCAUUUUAGUCUAGGUAUACGAGGAAUUCUUUUUCCUAUUCCACUUCAAAAGAAUACUUGGUUUUGAGAGUGAUGAUUGUUGUAAUUUUCAAUUGACAUAGUAGUGGGCAUGAGCAUUGCUGAGUUUUUUUUUGUGUUAAAACCAGCCCUUGCCUUGAUAUAUGAAUGAAUGAAAUUUGAUUCUAUAUGA